AUGGCUAAAGCUGUAGAAAACUUUGCCAAUAUCUCCGCCACUGAUUUGCUUAGCACAGCUCCAAGUCUUUUUGGGUGGCUGAGAAAAGAUGACGGGGGAACCGGAUUACUGUCGGUGGUCAAGAAAAUCGAUGGAUGUAAGUUCUAUCUGCCAUUAAUUGUUUUAACUCAGGUGAAGCCGAGUUAAUGCCUUAAAGGGGCUCUGUCACGGUCGUUUAUUUCAUUUUGUUACAGUAUAGUGUAUUGCGAAUAACCACGCUUACUUAUGCUGCGUAGUAGAAAAAAAAGCUUGAAAAUGACAAAAUCACUGGCAGCUUCUUGUCAAAGACUUAUAUCUUGCAAGCAUUAUAAAAAUGUUACAAACAACAAAUGAACUUCGAAAAACUGUUAAACUGCUAAGAGGGUGUCAAUGGGGUGGUAGCUUUAACGGUUAUUUACUAGUGGAACUAUAUAUAGUCCAAUUAAGUAAAAAUUAACUUCUGUAUGAAUUAGUACAGGUAAUAGCAUGAUUUUUAGUGAUAUUUCGCAUAAAUACCACGAGUGGUAAUAGCCCACGUUCGAUAUGUUUAAAUUCUAACAUGACUCCGAGGCUUUCAGGUCAUUUUUCUAUGUUUGGAUUGGUUUUCUUUGUGCUCAAGUCUCUUCUGAGAAUUGCGACACAACGAAGUCCUGAAAAAUUUGCUAUUUUGACCCUUAAGCCUCGGAGUCAUGUUAAAAUUUAAAAAUAUCGAACAUGAGCUACAUUAUAACUUUUGUGUUUUGGAGGUUGGCUUAACAUUUCACAUGCGAAAUUCCUAAAUAUUUCAGAUAUAAGCAAGUUGUAAGGUCUAGUAAAGUCGACUAUAGAGAGAGUGUUUUUCGGAGAACAUGGAAAAUGGUUCUUCAGUAAGAUUUAGCACGUGACCAUGAAAGACAGUUAGCCUUAAAGCAGAGGUGAAAAGAGAGCCUGGCUUGAUAGCUAAGAUCGACGUUACAGCACUGCACCUCGAAUAUCGCAGAGGUCAUGGUUUCGAAUCUCGUUUAAGCACGAUAUUUUUUUUUCACUUUGGUCCGAAGUUUAAGCAUGAUUCUUUUUCACUUUGGGCUUUCUUUUAGCCGGCGACUGGUUAGUUGCUAUGAACUUGUUUCGCGUGUGAAAUGAUCCCCUGAUACCGCAUUUCUACGCCUACGGUAUAUGAAAUUAAAUAUAUUCACAUUCAUAGGGAUGGCAUUGAUUACUCUUACUUGUAGGCUGCUGCGAUGUAACCUGAGAUCAGGCGUUAUUUUUUCUUUUCUGCUUCUUUACUUCUUUGGCUCGAGAGGGAAAAAAAUAACGCCCUCCUCCCAAAAACAGAUUACAGAGGUAACGAGAGAGGGUAUGAUCGCAGGCUAGCUGCCAUGUCGCCAAGCAACGAUACAAACGGGUAAUGACAACUCAUUGUGCUGGAAACAACUGGUUGAAUCGGCAGGCCACAAAGUCGCAUUUAUAAGAAAAAAAUUAUCGAGUCCUACUUUGCAAUUCAGAUAUUUUUGCAGUCACUUAAUUGAUAAAAGAAUUAGUUUAAGAGAAAGAAAAUUGGGGAUCUUGUCAAAUUUCUUUUUCAUCUGAGUGUCGUUUCAGCGUCGUUUAAGCAGCUGGUCACUUCCUCGUAUACCGGCUGAAGAUGACUGUACAAUUUUUUACACUGUACUUUCCUGGGAUAACCUCAGAUUGCUGUUUACUGUGAUUAAUUACGCCAACAGGCUAUAAAAAACAUUAAAGAAAUGAUAAACUCUAAAUAUAAAAAGACGUGAACAACAUCAGCAAAUACAUAGGAAGGCACGAAUGGCAAAUAAACGGCGGAUUGCAGUUGCGGUUUUUGAGAACUUGUUAGGCGAAUAGUUUUUAUUGUUUGUUUAUGCCUUGAUAAAAUGGUUUGAGGGAGAUAUUUGUUUGAUAUACGAUUCGUAAGCUGUGAUUUUGUCAUUUAAAAUCAAUAAAUUCCUCGGUAACGUUAAGUUCCUUGGCGAAAAAAGGCGCUUCGAGUUAUAGGAAAUAAUAAACCAAUGAACACCAGCCCCUUAAAUACUCUCUACCGGAUUAACCUUGGAAAAGAAAUCACUGGUUAAACAACAAAGCACUUUGAAAAACUGAUACAAGUUUUGAAACCUUGUAUAACUAACGGUUUUAAAGGAAAAACUUAGAAAUGGCCUACAUUGCAAUCCUUUUUAAUAUUCUUCUAACUUUCACUCUAGAGAAUGCGACACAAUCAUGUUUACUGAUAUAGACUCUUACGAACCAGCCUAAUUAACAAUUCGCCUCAAUUCUCUUUUUUUUUACAGGGUCCUGGUUUUAUAUGAUCCUGAAAACAGGAUAUUUGUACUUGUUCAAGAAGCCCGAUUCUACAAAUUUUACGGAAGCCAUUUCACUAGAGAACUACAAGUAAACCAUGAUUUGCAUUUUCCUUUCGUUAAAAUCUUUUAAUGGUAUAUGUACAGGAAUGAGGGUGGAUCGAAAUUUCUCUAAGCCAACAAUUUGAUGUUUGGAAGCCUUACACAGAAUGGCUACUUAAAAUUAGAUAAAUAGCGAAGCUCUUGUUAAUAUACCUACGCAAACAUAAAAUAACAUCGUGCAAUUCAGACCACUCCAGAAAAUACCAUAACAUACUGUAAUGUUCUUUGUUUGUCACUUCAAGAUUUUUUAACUCCCAAAAGAAACUGAAGACAAUGUGUAUGCGAAAUUUUGGGUGACAAACAAAGAACAUCAUUGUAUGUAAAGGUAUUUUCUGGAGUGGUCAAUGCUAAACGGCGACGGCAUUUUGAAAUAACAACUCCCUAAACAUUACUGUGCAAGUUCACGUAUCCAGAUUCCUGUGGACGUAACCUUAGAGUGAAAACCACACCGUAAUUUUUAGGGAGUUAUUAUAACUCCAAAAAUGGAGUAAAAAUUUUAGGUACAGGAUAACCCCUUUUUUGGGGUUAUUUUAACUCCUAAUUUAACUCCGAAUUUGGGGUCAUUUUUACUCCUGAAAAAGAGUUCUUUUUACUCCCAGUCUUGGAGUUAAAAUUACUCCGAAAUGGGGUUACUUGUACUCCUUACAGGGGUUGUUUUUACUCUUUUUGGAGUUAAUUUAACUCCUCAAUAUCUGGGGUCACUUUUACUCCUGAAAAAGAGUUCUUUAAACUCCUUUUUGGAGUUAAAAUAACUCCACGAAAAAUAACUCCACUGUAAGGAGUUAAAUUAGCCCCACUAGAGGAGUUAUUAUAACUCCCUGAAAAUUACAGUGCAACAUUAAAUAUAUCUGUUCUUUAUGUGUUCUUAAACUACUCGUCUUUUGUGUUUAUGUGCAGAGUAUGUCAUGCCCAAGAAGUUACCAAAUACCCAUGGGUUUUUAAACUGAUAAGUUCAACAGAAGUAAAAACUUUGUUUUUUUCUGUGGAUACAGAAUAUGAUUUAAAGGUAAUUUAUUAAAUAAAUACUUAUUCUGUUUUAUUCAUAAUGCUUUGAAUUUAUGGGUUUUUUAAGUUCAACGUGGUAUUUAUGGCACGGUAGCUAGUAGUAUUAUCGCUUUUCAGUUUAAAUUCUUUUAACUGGACGUUUUUUGUUGUUUUUUGUUACAGAAAUGGAUGGAUGCAAUUGUGAAAGAGAAAGAGGAAUAUAUUAAGUAAGUAGCCGAAAAUGAAAAAGACUUUUAGUGGCCAGUAACUUCUGGUAACCCGUUAUCUGCUUUGUUCCCAGUCUCCAUCCAACCCAUGAAACCACGGCCACAACGCAAGAACAAUGAAAUUGUCGUUGCGUUGUUUAGAGGUUAUCUUCAGAUCCCAACGCCCGUAGCGAAUUCGGACACCUCAUGAAAUUUACACAAUGCAGUUUUCCCCAUUACUAAAAAGCGUUAAGCACUGCCUUUUACAGGUUAGGGUUAAGGACUGCCUUUACUGAUAGGUGAUCAGAGUUGAGCACUGUCUUUUCGGCUUAUUAAGGUUAAAACUGGUUAAGUUCCUUUUUUAAGUUGGGGUUGAUGCUAUAUGUACUUAAAUUAUUUCCUCACCAUCCACCAAAUCCUAAGUGGUGUAGUGGUUAGUGUGGUAUAAUGGGUCAUCUGGACCGUAGGUUCGAAUCCUACUGCCCGUCAUAUCAAUUUUUUUCUUUCAAAUUGAAGAGACUUGUUCUUUCAUGAACAUUUCUUACUUGAAAUAUCAUCUAAGUGUGAUAUAAAAGCAGAAAACAGUUCUACCUUGAGUUAAUUUAAUUAUAAGGGGAGAAAGGGGCUACGGUCGAUGGGAUCUAAUGUUGACGUUAGUUGGUCGAAGGUAGCCUGUUCACAGACGUCCCCUCCCUCGAUUUCUUUUGAGGGAAGGGGGCAACUGUACACACAGGCUAGUCUAGAGAGCACUUUCAAGGAAAUUAUCCUCCUAAAAUAACAAUAAGAAAAGGUAUCGUUUAUAGGCAAUCCAGGAAGCUGAGAAAGUGAUUUAAGUUUCUAUAUUAAAGCACCAACGCCAAGUAAAGCAAUUACUAACAAAUGGCAUUCAUGUUCAACAGUCCGACUAGUCAUGCGUACUGCGAUAUUGAUUAUCCACCACCAGCUGAUAGCCAAAGAUCCCCGCCUCCUCCACCGUCAACUUCAAGGAGACUCCCUGAACGGCCUCCAGCCCGUCUUCCUGAUGAACCGUCGUCAAGACGACCAUACUCACUGUCCCUUCCCCCUGAACCCUCGGAAAAGUACAGUCAGCAAAGCAAACCAUUACCUCCCCCACCCAAACAAAACAGCCCCGUGAAUAAAAAGCCCGCAACUCUGCCCCGUCCAGAGGCACCGGGGGCCCGAGGAGGGAAGCUUGGACAUCUCACAAAAGCAAGAAGAAGCUUCUCGGAGUCUCAGUUAGGAGUACAACAAUCAGGAGCAACAUUUGACAGUGUGGUAAAACAGCUCGGUAAACAAGGCAACAGAUUAGGUCAUAUUCAAGAAACAGGUAAUUAAUCAUUUAUUUUUAAGCACUUUUGAAAUGAAUUUGACAAGGCAUUUGGACUAAUUUUCCUAUCAGACGACGGACCAGUCAGCACUUGCUUACGACAAGCCGUGAUUGGUUCUUACCUACUUAUAAUAAUGUAUUGUGUUCACUUGCCUUUUCUUCAGUCCCUGCACUUCCGCGUUCUCCAAGACCUGCUGCAUCUAAUCCUCUGAGACCAAACACACACGGAAGGUACAACUUCACUAGCCUGCGAUUAGAAUCGCCAGUUACUGAAACUUCCAGCGUUCGCCUUUUUCACUUGUUGAAAAUCAUUGUCGUAUUUUUUUUAUAAUUAUUAUAAUAUUGUGGGUGACAAAUUAUGUUAAUUUGUGAAAUUACAAAACUGCAAUGGCAACAUUCGGUAUUUUUCAGUGUCAAGAUGGCGUCAAAGUUUAAGGUUUUGUGACGAUGUCGAGGUAUUAAAAGACGGUUUACAAAACCUAAACACACGAAAGAGCACAUCAAGGCAAAAAAAAUGUUUUGUCAAAAACUUCAGAAAAAUUAACUUUUCAGUGCAGUUCAGUUUAUCGAUCCGAUAAACAAGUAAAAAACCAAAGAUUGCGAGGGUAAUUUGUCACCCAUGAUAUUAGCAAGUAAUCGCAUGUAAAACUUGUGAAAUUAGGGAAUAAUUUCACUUGCGUUUUGUCCAUAUUGAAAUACUAACUUUUUCGAGCCUUUACGUAUUACACAUUAUUACUUAUUGACUACUGAUGCACACUCGUACGAGAGUGGAGCGUUUAGUACGUUCCGUACUCCCGUACGCCCAUUCAGACUCUUGGGGAAGGAGAAUGGAGCGUCUGUAAGGGAGGGGAAUGGAAUCCCUGAUAUGCACCUUGCGUUUGUCGUGGCGUAAAGCAACGUUUGCUGGAAAAAUAGUCCCUUUAAUAGAGGUGUCUUCCUGUGUCCGUUAAAAAAAUUGAUUCUUGUAUCUAUCUGUCUGCGUUUCAAUUUCAUUCUUAGGUGUCCCCCAGACGGAUGUGAAAACGCCAAAGUGAAACAGGUUGAAGUGAGUUGGCCUUAUUUGUAAUUUAGUUUCAAAAGAAUGGUACCUCAUCAUGAUCCUAGCAUAAUUUGAUCUUGACUUCAGAUGAAGUUAUUUGUCCGAGCGCUGUGAACAGCUAGCUCAAAUAGGUGAUCGGACCUUUGCUUUACACACACUCGCUAGGCAAUGAAGGCAGUCCUUCUGCCAGCGUAGCAAGGCCAGUCAAUUUUGGAAUUGCUCAGGGUAGUAUUCCGAAGAGAUAAUGUGUUGCAACACUUUUUAACGAUAGCUUUCUGAAUGCAUUGCAGGUUUCCCAAGCUUUUAACGGGGACGCAGAUAAAGAGACGGCAAGCAGGUAUCGUUUUCCUAGUUCAAAUUACGAAAAUGUACUUUGACGGUUACAAAGGGUUACGCCUUGACUAAAUUGCUUUUUUUUUUACGAGGACAGCCCUGCACGUAGCAUAGUAUUUGUCUGAAAAGUCUUAGUCAUAAUAAAGUUUGUACUUAUGGUUUUCCACUAAAUAACAGUGAGGCACUUAAAUGUUCGCAUAUCAGUAAACUCGCUCUUGAAAAAUUGUUUCAAUUUUCAACCUUUCUUUAAAUAAAUCACCAUUUUUUGCUUCUCUUCAGACUUUUGAAACAAGAGUUGUUAGGAACAUACUUGACACGUCCCGGCAAUUCAGAAUCAGGAAAGGUAAGUGUUGAGCUCUCUGUGUUGGUUCUAUUAAUCAGUGAAAGUAUUAAAGAUUUGUGGACAGGGCUGGCUGGAGGUGCGAAAAUGAUGAACCGGGAUCUCGUUUUGAGAGCCUGACUCAAAUUUGUUCUUACCCCGAAGUUACAAAUUCUAAAACAAUAGAACAACCAAUACUGACAACAGCAAUAUAUCAAAUUAAAAGUUGGUUUAGUGGAGUAGCCAAUAUUGUCAUUCUUUCACUUAAUACUCUUAAUUAGGUCUAGGCCAAACGCCGAACUUUUCGUGAGACAAGCCAAACAGUCUUAUUUGGGUCGACCUAAAUUACAAUCUUACAUUAAAAUGUAAGAUCGUCUGUUGGGUCAGAUCAGACGUCGAACUUCGGACACGUCGAACUAAUCAACUGAGUAAGAUCAGUAAAAAUUUUCUUACGAACGAGGCUAAAUAUACAUUAUCAUAUAAAUUUUUGAUUUAUCAGUUUAGUUCGUCGCAUGUGAAGAUCGACCUUUGAUCCUUAGACGAUCUUCAAACGUUAUAUCCGUCUGAAGCAGACGGAUAGAAGAUGUUGGACGAUCCAAACUCAAUCAGACGAACAGUUAACUGAGCCAGACGUCGAACUUCCAUGAACUGAACUCACUAGGCUUAAUUCGUUUCAUGAAAAGUUCGACGUUUGGCUUGGCCUUAGUUCCCUUAAAAGGUAAUGUGACGACACGAAAGACCGCCAAUUUUAAUUUUGGCACUUCAGUUGGUUGAAACUUGUCCAGAAAGUUCGCCCCCUAUAACGUACACACCUUCCUACCCAUCAGUUUUGCUCCCUUGGGUUGUUGCUGAACUGGUAGCAGGUGAACGCAAAAUCUGUACUUUUUUAUAUGCAUGUAAUUUACAGCUCUAGUUGUGGAGUAAACUGAGAAUGAUUGAUGAUUACUCUUCAGCUGCAUUUAUUUAUUUUGCUUAAUUUUCCCGCUCUUUCUAGUCUUUGUCAGUGCGAGACAUGAAUGAAGACGGUACAUCUCUAAUCAGGCACUACAGGAUAUUCUUUAAGGAGGUUAGAAUUGUGCUCAUUUAAGUUUACAUGGAGGGAGGAAUUAAGAUCCUAGCACCAGCAAGACCCUAGAAGGCGGAUCAUCAUUGCACCAUAUGUUUUCUGUAUUCGGGUUUGAAGGCAAAGGCAGAUUGCACUUCAAUCAAGCGCUUGGAUCUUCCUAGGAAGAUCUUAGUACAAUUUAAACUGCAAGACAAAAAUGGCGGCUGGUCGUUCAGUGGCUAAUCAUGGCAAUUAUGAAGGCCAGGGGCGUAGCCAGGAUUUUUCAAAGGGGGAGUCACAGAGGCUACUCACCGCCGCUCUCCCUAGUGUAUCAGCGGGCUCAGUCGUAUUAUCGCGGCAUGAAGGCCCAUAUUAACUAAAGACAAGAGCCGUUGACGAAAAUACUUUACAAAAAAACAAAUUUUAAAACAGUGGGCCUUUCAACAAUCGCUUUUACAGCCAAGAUAUUGUCAUGGCGUUUUCGCCACCUGAAUAUUGAAGGUUGUUUGCUCAAAAGAAGGCCUACCAAGGGGGGGUCACGGGCACCCCAGGACCCCCCCCCCUAGCUACGCCCCUGAAGGCCGACCAUUUCGUUUUUCGUUACCGCAAGCUGAUUAUGGCUGAAAGGUAGUUAUUGACACCAGUAAAGAGAGCAGAAGGGCAUUUUUGUUUUUGUCGCCCACCAUUUUUGAUUCCUUCUCGAACCUUCUCUACUUGGGCACCACACGGACGAAAAAUGUCUUCAUCUAGCCUCAACGUAAAGCAGUGUUCCGCCUUGUAGGAUCUUCCCGAUGCAGGAUUUUCUUUUCUCUAUGUAAACAGUCCCUUAAUGUUUUGUCCUCUUGAGUUAUAGAAAGUUCCUUCUAGUUACAUUUUUUCAUGAUACAAACCGUGGCUUAUUGUUUUUAACAGAUUUUAAUCCUUCAUGGUCAAUAAAUAUAUUGAAAAUUUCGUACCUACGUCCAGUAAAGGCUAAUUUAUCAAUUCUCUAGAAUUAAACGUUCGACAAAAUUAUUGAUUAGAGAUAAAUAAACGGACGUUCCUCUUCUAAUAGUAUAGUCGGACAAACACACGAUACGCAACCCUUAUAAUUACUCACUUCUUACAAACUGAUGUUGUUGUUUGUUCCUCGUGACUCGUUAAGACGGAAUCCACCAGGGCAUUUAUGAGUAAUUUUGAUUUUCAGUGGACAAAAAUCCUGUACCAGAAUAAUCUAAAGCAUAUUGCAUUCUUUCUUACAUUUUUCAAGGGCUAAAGACGCAAUAAAUCAUCUGUAAUGACACCAAAAGAAAUUUCUUAUGGGAGCCCGAGAAAAUGUAUGUCAAAUUUGACAAAAUUACAUCUUACACAUGAGGUUUUCAGAAUUUUACCUGUGUAAUCACAAUUCUUGUGAAAUUUGGCUUUCAUUUUCUGGGACUUCCAUGAGAAAUUUUCUUUGGUGUUACUACAGAUGAUUUAUUAUGUCUUUGGCCUUUAAAAAAUGUAAAAAAGGGAUAAGAUAUUGUUUAAAUAUUUAUUAUUCUGGUACAAGGUUUUUGUCCACUGAAGUUAAAAUUGCUCAAUUUCCUGAUGGAUUCUGUCUUAAAAUCUUCUAAAAUACCUUGGAAUCAAGUCAAAAGUGGCAGGUUUUCAGUAGUCAACGUUGCCAUAUUGGAAAGAAUCAACGUUUCGGGACCAUACUUCCUUUCGGCUUGGCCAAACCCAGGCAAGCAUCAUUGAGUAAAUUCCACACCUUAAAAGAUAAUGAAAACAACAAAUUCCAAAAGUCAGAGCAGAGAAGUUUAAAAUAAUUCGAAUAUUUUGUUCUAUUUUAUGGCUCGUAAUUCGUAAGCGAUGUAAAAUAAAUGAGAUUUAAAGGCUGACCUAAUUGUUCAAACCAGACGUGUCCUUUUUCAUGAGAACGGUUUCUUCCUUGCAGAGAGAGUCAAACAAAUAUUGAAGAAUGGUAGCUAUAGUGUGGCUUCCUAAUAAUAAAGCGUUGAUUGCAUUAUUUUGUAGUACACCAAAUGUCUUGCAUACGACCUUUGUCUCUAUGAAUACAAUCGUAGCUUUUGCUUUUCAUUCUUACAUGUCGUCGUUGUUUGGAAAGAAAGGUAGACAAGAGCCCCCGUUUAUUUCAACUUGCUUCCUAUAAUACCUCGAUUUUUUACCUUGUUUUUUUUUGUUUUUGUUUUUGCAGGGUGUCGGGUACAGUUUGGAUAAUAGAAUCGGACCAUGGUUUGCUGAAAUUUCACAAGUGCUGGGUCAUUAUUAUAAACACCAGCUACCAAAUUCCGAAAACAAACUCCGUUCUCCUUAUCAGCGUUAAAUUGUUUAUAGUAUCAAGAAUUAUAAGUUUUUAAUAUAAGUACUUAAGAAGUGAUAAGAGAAAUGGUCACUUCGUGCGAUUAAGUAUUUCAAUUGAAGACGUGAGUUUUAAAUUUUGACACAUAUGACAGAUGAAUGAAAACGAACACUGGUUUCUUCAUAAAAUGCCUGGUAAAGCACUUUUGUAAACAUUGAAACAAUCGAACGGAUGUAAUUGUACGUCAUAAGGUCUCGUAAUUGGACGUCACAGAGCAAGAGUUCUUUUUCCAAGAAAUCACCGUAUUACACCGGAUAUUCAUCGUCUCUCCGUCCAUUGAUCAUUUUACUAACCCACGUUUAGACGUACCCUGGCAAUCCAACCCUGCCCUCUUCCCCUGCGCGACGUUUUCUUCCCAGGGGAAGGGGAGGCUACAAGUAGCUCUCAAUAGACCUCUUUGCAUACGCUUACGGUUGAUGGGGAAAAGCGAUCACACGUGGUUUCUCAGAGGUCCAACAAGUGAUGAAAUCUGAUAGUACAAGAAAUCGCGGUCUAAUUUGUUUUUUUUUAGACAACAGAAAUAGACUGAAGACAUGUUUAACUUAAACACUUAAAAUAUGGGUUGAAGUUACCUUUGUUACUUGUUGGGAUCACGUUAAGCGGUCGUAAAUGACCUCACAGCAGCAACAAUGACGUAAAACUUUUCGAAACUUGAACUGUGUAUUUUCCAAAACUAAAAUCGAUCCUCGGUUUGAGAGAAUGAACAAACUCGGUAGCGAUUACUCGUAUUGGUAUCACUUGAUUGCCUCCAGUCCUGCCUGAAUACCACGUGACAUUGAUUUUAUCCCAACAAUUCUAAAGCGCGCACAAAGAUGCGAGCAUCGUGAAUAGGGUCUAUUCACUUCACGCAUCGUUAACAAUUACUAGUUGAACACACAAGAUAAAUUAGUUUGUUUCACGCUUGACUGCAAAUAAUCAGUUUUUUUUAGAGUUGUGUUAGUUCACUGGCGAUUUAAAUCAAUUGAUGUUUUUUUUUCACAAAAGAAUUACAGUUUUGGAAGGUGUCCUCUCCACACAAAAUAAAUGUAAUCAAAAUAACAAUGGUGCCCUGCUUAUACCAUUUAACAGAGAUUUUACAAUGUCCUGCUUAAGACAUUUUAUAGAGAUUUUACCACGCCCUGCUUAUACCAUUUUACAAAGACUUUACAAGUUCCAUGUUACAGAGAUUUUAUCACUAUAAAUGUAAAUUUACAAAGAUUUUUCAGAGUUUUUUGGUAUGUCUGUAAAAUUUUUAGUCUUCUUACUAAUUCUAAAGGUAGACAGACAUUCUCGAUUCAAU